UCCAGCCCCUCCCUGUCCCCACUGCAGUCUCGCUGUCCCCAGGCUGCUCCGGCCUAUGGCACCAAUGGCGCUGGCCCUCAUCCUGGGUUGGUGGCUGGUGGCAGCAAGCAGAGCACAGCGACUGCCCCGACCCUCCCUGUCGCUGCACCCCAGCCAGGGGGUGUCCCUGGGGGACACUGUCACCCUGCGGUGCCACCUGCCCCGGCCAGCUGCACGAGUUGAUCUCUACAAGGAAGGAUAUUCGGGAUUUGAAAAGCAAGCGGACAUGGGCAUGGUACACGACGUGGCUGAGUUCCUCUUGGUCAGUGUGAAAAUGGAAGAUGCAGUGAGAUAUCAGUGCCAGUACCAGGUGUUGGAGCCACCAGGGACAUCGAAGAUGAGUGUCCCCGUGGAGCUGGUGGUGACAGGUGAGGGCACAGGG